AUGUCUACCAACGACGCCAUCCAAGAUGAGGUCACCUCCCUCAACGCCAUCUUCGAUGAAGGCACUCUAUCACCCAUUGAUGAACAUGCGAGACUGUACAGUCUACGCCUGCCGUCUCUGCCUUCAGUUAUCCUGCGCAUAGAGUUUCCGGAAGACUAUCCAGAUGCCCCUCCAUCAGUGCUAGGCACUCAGUCUGUCGGCCAGGAUGUACCCAAGGGUAUGGGUAGCCGGGCUGUCGAUGUAGUGCGAGACGUCCUCGCACGAGUAUAUCAACCGGGAGAACCGUGCAUUUACGAUUUGCUAGAAGAGGCAAGAGAAGCCUUGGAGCAAGCCGAAGAGCAGGGGGAUCUUCAAUUGCAUGACCAGCAUGAAAAUGCAGAUGUAGAAGACGACCACGAUGGCCAUGGUCUCUCUGAUCCAACAGUUGACCUUGGGCCAGAGCCUCCGUGGAUUAUUGCACCCGCUCUUACCGAGAAGAAAUCGGUGUUUUUAGCCCGUGUAGCACCAGUGUCGUCUCCGGCCCAGGCCAGACAAUAUGUUGCGCACCUUCUUGCGACCGACAAGAAAGCCGCUCGCGCGACACAUAAUAUGACUGCGUGGCGCAUCAAGGGUCCGAAUGAUACGAGCUAUCAGGACUGCGAUGACGAUGGCGAGACCGCUGCUGGCUCGCGCAUGCUGCACCUGAUGCAGCUCAUGGAUGUAUGGAACGUAAUGGUUGUUGUGACUCGGUGGUACGGUGGAAUCUUACUCGGUCCAGAUCGAUUUCGUAUCAUCAACACUGCGGCUAGAGAGGCUCUGGUAUUAGGUGGCUUCGCAAAGGAUAGUAAAGAGGGGGAUACGAAGAAGAAAGGCAAGAAGUAA